AUGUCUCGCCUGGGCAAAGCUUUGCGUGCCACGCUCGUGGAAUACUUCAAGAAGACGAGUCUCAAUGGCUUUGGAUUGCUUUAUUAUAAUCGACGUCGUCGCUAUCAACGCUUCUUCUGGUUUCUCUUCAUUGCCGCGGGCAUUUUGUCGGCCAGCUUUGUGGUAUUUGCAACACUGUUGCAAUUUCUAUCACGACCCACAGUAACAGCUUUAUCUACACUGAGUGUGAGUCUGGAUGAAUUGUCUUUUCCCCCGCUGACCAUUUGCAGUACCAACAAAUUGAGUCGCCACAAGGUGCAAGGAUUCGCUGAGCAGCUGGCAAAGUCAAGUGGCAACUCCGCAGUCUAUUGGUUGCAACAGUUGGCGCUGCUUGCGGGUUACUUUGCUGCAAGAUCUGUGUCGGCUGAAGCUGCCACCAGGCUGCAAGUUGCACUUGGUCAACAUUGGCCGAGUGAUGUUAGAGCCACGUUGCUGCAACUAUCGCCCAGCUGUGAGUCGUUGCUACUAAGUUGCCACUUGGAGGCAUUGCAACAGAAUUGCUCUCAACUUUUUCAACUGACGCCCACCAUCGAAGGCAACUGCUGUGUCUUGCAACCUGAGAACAUAACGGGUUCUCUCACCCUGCGGUUGAAUGCCUCACGAGAGGAUGACUUCAACAUGCCACGCUUGGCAAGUACUGUUGGAUUCAGUCUCCAUCUGACUGGCUGGCUGGGAAAACGGAGUCUUUCAUCUGGAGAGUUCUCAUCUUUGGAGCUGCAUGCAAUCAGGUUGCAAGCAGAUGAACAGCUACGUAAUUAUCCUUUGACGGAACGUGGCUGCCACUUUCCGGAUGAGGCUGUUCAUGUGGUGCAGUGUCUGCCACAGUGUCGCCUUCGCAGUGCUAUUGCCGCCUGCAAUUGUGCACCAGCCUUAACCUUUGACCUGUCCGCUGGCUUUGUUGGGCAGCACAAUUACAGCUACUGCAACUUGGCACACACGGCUUGCCUGCAGCAUCUAGAGGCCAACUGGUCGUCCUGGAGCUGUCUCGACUGUCUGCCCGCUUGCAAUGAUUGGCGCUAUGAGCUGCGUCAGAGUUUGUUGGGGCAUGUGCAUCCAAUGGAAAGUAAAGUGAGCAUACGCUUUGGCGGACAGCGGGUGCCAUUGUAUAGUCAAGAUGGUCUCUACAAUUGGUACGAAGUGCUGUCCAACGUUGGAGGCGUGCUGAGCGUUUGCAUUGGCUGCUCGUUUAUCAGCGGAGUUGAGAUUGUUUACUUUAUGGUGUUUCGACUGUGGCAGAAUUGGCGCCAUUGAAGUGCUGUGAUUCCAUCAGGGAGCAGAUACAUACAAUAAAUAUAACGCAUACGCCAUGUGUGACAGCAAAUGAAAUUAGUUUUGAUUUAUUUGGUCGGACAUACGCCUAAAUCAUCAACAGCCUGAGGCACAAAUACACAAUAUCGUAUCUGUACAUAUAUCUUCAUUGCAGCCACGCCCACUUUGCCUUUUACAAUUGGGCAGGGGCCACUUGAAGUGUGUAUUGAAAAAAUGGCACAUCAAUUACUUGAGAAUGCUGAGCAAAAAA